AUGGCAACAGCCCAGUUGACCGCAUCCUCAAUUUCGGUUUCAGCAAGGAACUUGUCUUCCUUUGAAGGAUUAAGACCUUCAAAUGUUAUGUUUGCAUCUUUUAAUCCGGCUGCUGGCGUUGUUCUCUCUCAACGCUCUUUUCGUGGCUUGGUCGUUAAAGCUGCCACUGUUGUUGCUCCGAAGUACACUUCCAUUAAGCCUUUGGGUGAUAGAGUGUUGGUGAAGAUCAAGACUGUAGAGGAGAAGACUGAGGGUGGCAUCUUACUUCCAUCUUCUGCUCAAACAAAGCCUCAAGGUGGUGAGGUGGUUGCUGUUGGUGAAGGGAAGACAAUUGGGAAGACAAAGCUUGACAUUUCUGUGAAGACUGGCACCCAGGUUGUAUAUUCGAAGUAUGCAGGGACUGAGGUGGAGUUUGAUGGUUCAAGUCAUCUUAUACUAAAAGAGGAUGAUAUCGUUGGCAUCCUUGAGACAGAUGAUAUCAAGGAUCUUAAGCCUUUGAAUGAUAGAGUAUUCAUAAAGGUCGCUGAGGCAGAGGAGAAAACUGCUGGAGGCUUGUUGCUGACACAGGCGAACAAAGAGAAACCUUCUAUUGGCACAGUGAUAGCAGUUGGACCUGGACCACUUGAUGAGGAAGGUAACAGGAAGGCACUAUCCAUCUCCCCGGGAAACACAGUUUUGUACUCCAAGUAUGCAGGAAAUGACUUCAAAGGGAAUGAUGGUACCAACUACAUCGCAUUGAGAGCUUCUGAUGUAAUGGCUAUACUCUCUUAG